AUGAACUCGGAUCGGCUGGGGUGCUGUGCAUGGCGGAUGAGCUGGAGGAGCGCCUCCGCUCUCCGCACGGGUCGAGGCGCAGCUCACGGUCUCCGCGCCCACAUGGGUAGUGAGCGCACCCACUGCUCGCAUCCGAUGAUCUCCGCCUGGCCGGCGCCACCCCCUAAACCCGACCUUGUAUCCACACAUCAGGGCCAAGGAUUCGACCCCUAUGGCCCAAGUUUGUAUCCCUUCCAGAAGCUGCAACUCUGCGGCUCUCCGCCAAGUCUAUCGGCCAUUCCGCCAAGUCCUGAGUCGCACUCGCCACAUAUUUUUACGGAUUCUGGGUUGCUGUCGAUAUUACGGCAACCGUCGGCCGCGUCAUCGCCAAUACCAGGAACACCCCGAAUUCGCGAGAGCGAACUCCAGCGCAAAAUCCAAUCCCUUGAGGAUACGGUGGCCGAGUACGAGCGUCAGAAAUACAAUGUCAUGGGCACGUUCACGGAGUACAAGGAGCGCGUCACGGAGCGCGAGCGAAAGCUGGAGGCCGAGUACUCGACAAAAAUCUUGGCGCUCAGCGAAGAGGUGCUGGGCGCGAAAAAGGACUUUGAGCACCGCAUGAAGAGCUUCCAGGCCUUGCAGGACAAAUUCGAGCGCGAAAAGGAGUCGGCGCUGGAGAAGCUGCGCAAGGAGCACCAGAAGGAGAUCCGGCUGCUCGAGCAGCGCUUCUCGGAGAGCCAGUUGCUGAACUUGGAGCAAAAAUAUAUCCUCGAGAUCCGGCGGCUGGAGGAGGAGCGGAAAUGCUUGAGAGCCGAAAAAGAGCGCCUCGGCGAGACGUUUGAGAUGAAGCUCCGCCGGGCCCAGUCGCUGUACGAAACCGAGUUGGCCGCCGCGAAGAUGCUGUACGCAAAAGAGCUGGAGGCGCUGCGGGACCAUGAAAGCGCCCUGAAGGCUGAACUCGCCGCCAGGCAAGACGAGUUCAAUGAUCGUCUGAAUGAGCUUCAGAAUCGCUCCAAGAGCGUCAGGGAUGAGCUGAAUAGUUGGAAAAAUGAGGUGACUUCUCUCCAAAAGAAGCUCAAAGCAAAGGAGGAGCAGGUCGACGAGAUCAACCGAGAUCUCGGAGAUGCUCGCCGGCAGCUCGGUGAAGCGCUCGGGAAGUUGAAUCGGAUGACGAGCGAGUGCGCCGAGGGAAAAGCCGAAGCCGAUCGGAAGGCGCAGGAGCUGAAGAGCAAAUAUAAAACGCUCGCUUCGGCCGAGUGCGCCCGCAACGAGCUCGAGUCGGUCAUCCACGACCUGAACACCCAGGUCAAGGCCCUCAAGAACAAGGUGGAGUUCCUGGAAAAGGAGCGCUCGAACCUCCAAUCCGAAAGCGAAUCCCAGAGCCAUGUGCACGACUCGCAGGUCCACGCCCUCGAGGCGAUGCUCGACACGGUGAGCAAGGAGAAGGAGAGUGCGAAGGAGAACUACGAGAAGUUGCUGGCAAAGGAGAAGCAACAGGCCGAAGCCCGGGAGCACGCGAUGAAGAAGGAGUUCAGCACCAAGCUCAACGAGCUCGAGGAGCAGUACAACGCGCUGAAGGAGGAUCUCGAGCACUCGGCUAGAGCCGAUCGGGAUGAGCUGCGUGAGGCGACCUCCAAAGAAAUGGAAUCCCUGAAAGCCGAGCGCGACCUCCUCAACUCGCAGGUCGCCGCACUAAGGAUCGAGCUGAGGGAAAAGCAGGAGGAUGAGGAGACCGAGCUUGAACCGAGGCUGAACAAGAUUCUGGACGAUGCCGCGGCGCUGCGGGAGCAGAUCGAUGGCUAUAGGAAGCGGAUGGAGGCCAAGGACGCCGAGAUCGAGCAGCUCAAGGAGCACCUCCAUCAGGAGAACCAGGUCCAUGCCGAUCAGCUGAUGGUCAUCCGCGACGAGAUACGCCUGGAGCUGUUAGCGACUCCGGAGUUCUCGGGGAAGAGCACCGAGCAGGAGAUGCACGAAAAGGUGGCUGAGCUCGAGCUGGAGCACGAGCGUGACUGCGACGAUCUGCAGAAACGGAUUAGCGAGCUCGAACGCGAGAAUCGGCGCCUCCGGAACGCGCACGGGGACGAGAUGGAUCGUCUGCUCGACGACAACACCGAAAAGACGCAACGCCUCGAGCAGCUCGAGGCCCGCAUCCGCGAGCUCAUCUCCGAGUCGGCGGCUUUGAAGGAUGAUUUGAAGCGAAAAACGCAGCAGCUCGACAGCUUUGCCGACCGCAUUGAUGAGCGACCUCGCGAAGUGAAGGACAGCGAAAAGGUGGCCGAGCUGAAUGAGGCCCACCAAAAGGAGACCGAGGAGUUGAGGAGGAAGAACGAGACAUUGGAAGCGAGGAUCAGGGCUCUGGAGGCGGCCAAGGAAACCGAAGCCGAAGAGGAGGACGAGGAAGAGGAGGAUGAGGAUGAAGAGGACGAGGAGGAGCAACAGGCACGAAAACGGAGAAAGACUACCUCCCUAAAUUCGAUCGAUUGUCAAACAGAAGACGGCCAUUCUGAUGAGCAGGCGCUCCGAGAGAGAAUCACUGAUCUCGAGCGAGCCUUGGAGCAAAAAUCGGAUCUGAUCGCCGACAUGCAUCACCAAAUGUCGUCACAAUUCUCAUCGGGGGACAGCAGUGAGGAGAGGGAGAAGGAGAGAUCGCCGGAACAGAUCGGCUCGAAGGGGGAUCUACGUGAUAAGAGCCCACCUUUGACGGGAAGCCGACAACUUCUCCACGUCCCCCUCUCAACAGAUGGCCGUCAGGACCGCCGUUCUCCCUCCCGGACCCCCGCCGUCUUAUCUACCGUAGUCAUCGACCACGACUACAAUUUGUCGGUGGAGGAGGAACAUGAUGUUCAUCACCUCGAAGACCCGACGAAGCGGAACUGCUCCCGAGACACCGACAUCAUCGACAAGCUCGUCAAUGAGACGGGCUACAACAAGUUUCGAAUUCCGAAAGAUGACGGGAUGACGGUGUCGGUGGAGAUUUGGAUCCAGGCAAUCUCUUCCAUCGACGAGAUGACCAACGACUUUGAGAUGGACAUCUACAUCACGGAGACGUGGCACGACCCAUCGCUGCGGUUCGAGCACCUCAACCCGUGCAAGGGGAAUUUGUCGUUGAAUCAUCAGGUGCUCGACCGGCUGUGGACCCCGAAUAGCUGCUUCAUCAACAGCAAGGUGGCCCAGAUUCACGACUCGCCCUUUCGGAGUAUAUUUCUGAUGCUCUAUCCGAAUGGGACCGUCAUGGUUAAUUAUCGCGUCCGCGUCAAAGGUCCAUGCUACCUUGAUCUAGCCGAUUUCCCGAUGGACAUCCAGGAGUGCGGGUUGAUCUAUGAAAGUUUCAAUUAUAACAAUCAAGAAGUGAAGAUGCGAUGGACAACUGAUGACGGGACAGCAGUCAGGACUUUGGCGGAAAUCACGCUCCCAGAUUUUACCCUCGUCGGCAUUCGAACGAUGCAAAAGGAGGAGCCGUACCCCGCGGGAAUGUGGGACGAGCUGCAUCUGACGCUCGUUUUUGAGCGCCGUUAUAUUUGGUAUUUUAUGCAGGCGUAUCUUCCGACAUAUCUCACGAUAUUUAUCAGUUGGGUCUCCUUCUCGCUUGGCCCGCGAGCCAUCCCUGCCCGUACGAUGCUGGGCGUCAACGCCCUCCUGGCGAUGAUUUUCCAGUUCGGCAACAUUAUGCGGAAUCUGCCGCGUGUCUCCUACGUCAAAGCAAUUGAUGUCUGGAUGUUGGUGUCAAUGACGUUCAUCUUCUGCUCGCUGUUAGAGCUGGCGAUCAUCGGCUACAAGGUGCGGGAGAUGCCGCCGAAGCCGAAGAGCCCGAAGCGAAAGGAGAGCGAAGCCUAUGAAGCCUCACCAAAAGGCCUGUGCCUUUACGAGAAACGGUUCAUGCUCCCGGCGGCUUGCAAGAGUGAGCCCAAGAAAGACAGUAAAUGGAAGCGCCGAACCGGGUCAAACUGGCCGCCCGAGCGCAUUGACCAGAUCAGCAGCAUCAUGUUUCCGCUAUCGUUUUUGGCUUUUAACAUUUUCUACUGGACCUACUACGGGAACUCGAAGAAUAAGGAGAAGCCGACG